CUACUACAGCGUAGUAGUAGAUAGAUACAUAAUAUAUAGGUAAGUUCCAUUUAUUCUAUAUAAAAACAUACCUACCUAACAUCAACAUCAUUAUCCAAUAAUUAUUGUUUCUAGAAUAUGAUAUUUGACUGUUUAUCGUAGAAUAUGAGAUGCACAACUAUUUUACUGGUUUUAGUGGGUUUUCAGUUUUGGUUAAUUAGCAAUGGAGCUAUUGUCAAUUCUUUAGAGAAUGUAGACUGGUGGCAAAAAGCAGUAUUUUACCAAAUUUUCCCAAGAUCAUUCAAAGACAGCGAUAACGAUGGAAUUGGUGACAUACCAGGUAUCAUACAGAAAUUGGAUCACUUUGUCGACGCAGGUGUAGACGCGAUAUGGCUAUCACCAAUAUACAAAUCUCCCAUGGUAGAUGGUGGAUAUGACAUAAGCGAUUAUAGAGAUAUUGCUCCAGAAUAUGGGACUCUGGAUGAUUUUAAGAAGCUACUGGAAGAUGCCCACGAAAGGAAACUUAAAGUUGUUUUGGACUUUGUACCGAAUCAUAGUAGUGAUCAACAUAUAUGGUUCAAAAAAUCAAUCAAUAAAGAAGAAGGGUACAAUGAGUAUUAUUUAUGGGCUGAUGCAAAAUAUGACAGUGAGGGAAACAGGGGACCACCAAACAAUUGGCUGAGUGUGUUUCAAAACUCUGGCUGGACAUGGAACGAACAAAGAGGUCAAUACUUCUUCCACCAAUUCACGAACAAGCAACCAGACCUCAACCUCCGGUCAAAAAUGGUGCAAAAAGAAAUGAAGGACAUAAUGACAUUCUGGCUGAACAUGGGCGUGGAUGGUUUUCGAGUCGAUGCAGUACCUCACAUCUACGAAGACGAGCAGUUGAGAGAUGAGCCAAUUGAUCCAAACUCUGGCGUAAUUGAUCCAAACAAUUAUGAUUAUUUGAAACACAUUUACACCAAGGAUCAGCCAAAGACUUUUGAACUGGUAUAUGAUUGGAGAAACUUUUUGGAUAAUUAUACUGCAGUCAAUGGAGGAGACACAAGAAUAUUCAUGACAGAAGCAGCCACAAAUAUUGAUAAAGUAGCACGAUACUAUGGGACAGCAGAUGGAUCCCAAUUAGGAGCACAUUUCUCAUUCAAUUUCUAUCUAAUUGGUUUAACGGACUAUAACAGACCUAUGGAUAUCAAAUAUACUGUGGAUGCGUGGCAAAGUUCGCUACCUUCCAUUUAUACCCUCAACUGGCUAACUGGCAAUCACGAUAAUCACCGAGUGGCUUCUCGUGUAAGCCCAAGAAAUAUCGACGGUUACAAUAUGAUGGUAAUGUUUUUGCCUGGUAUAAGUAUAACUUAUAUGGGAGAAGAAUUUGGACAGGAAGAUGGAGAAGUUACUUGUGAACAAGGUCAAGAUCCUAGUGCAGUUAAUAAUUGUACCACUUUUAAUCAGACUAGCAGAGAUUUUGAAAGAACUCCAUAUCAGUGGGACGAUUCCAUAAAUGCUGGUUUCAAUGAGGGCGCACCAACAUGGUUACCGGUCAGCAAAAAAUACAAAUACACAAACCUGGAAAAUCAACGCGAAAUGAGCAGAAGUCAUUAUAAAGUCUACCAGCAACUAAUAAAAAUAAAAUCACUUUUGCGUUCCGCUAACACACUGACAGUAUAUCAAUCUGACGCUGAUAUAUUACAACUUAGGCGAAGUUCUGAAGGCGGAGAUAAUGAAUAUUUUUUUCUAUUCAAUAUGGGGGAGGAUGUGAAAACUAUGCCAAUUCAAGAUGUGACUGAUGAAGCUUGUUUGGUUUUGGUUAGCAGUGUUGAUGCAGAAUAUUUACCGGGGGACAAAAUUUUCAAUGAAGAUAUAACUUUGAAGCCCGGAGAUAGUUUUAUUUGUAAAUUAUUAUUAGUUUAGUAUUACGCAAUUAUGCAAUUAAUAUUAAUGUAGAGUAUAGUUAUGAUAUUAUCAAUGAAAUAAAGUCUCUUAGUGAACCGUAA